AUGUCGAGAUUUGCUCCUAUAGAAUUAAUAAGGAAAAAAAAAGUAACACACAAUACAAAUGAUUAUUUAUUUGAUUUUAAAAUUUUAAAAACAGGAAAAGAACAUGCUAGUAUUAAGUCGAUAAGUAUUUGCAGCCAGUAUGUGGCUAUUGGUUUUAGCAAUAUGGUUACAUUUUACAAUAUGCAAGGGAUUUAUUUAAAUAAAAAAUAUCAAUGUAAUGAAAAUAUAAGUAAAUUAAAAUUUCGGGAUGAUCAGAUGAUCGGUAUCGGUAUGGAAAAUGGUGAAAUUGAAUUGGUAGGGAUGUUUUGUUAUGAUAGAAUAAAAAAUAUGAAAGGACAUAAAUCAGCAAUUAAUGAUUUAAUUUUUAGUUUAAAUUUUCAAUAUUUAUAUACAUGUUCUCGAGAUUUUACUAUAAAAAUAUGGAAUAUAUGGGAUGGAAAAUGCGAAUGCACGUUAGACUAUCAUAUUGAUAAUAUAACUAGUAUUUGUUUUUACAAUUUGAAUGAUAGUAAUUAUUUAAUUAGUUCAAGUUAUGAUGGCUAUGUUUAUUUUUAUGACUUUAAUUUGAAUAUUAGCACAAAUAAAUUAGAAUUGAAUGAACCAGUAGAAUAUUUAACUAUUUUUAAAAAUGAAUAUAUAGUUUUAUCGGUCAAAAAUAUAAUUAAAUUAUAUUCAAUAGACAAGUUGGAAUUUGUAAAAGACAUAAUAGUUUCUACGAAAACUAUUUUUUAUAUAGGGGUGUUUAAGAAUUAUCUUGUUGAAGCUAGCUUAGAUAUGUCUGUUUAUUUUAUAGAUCCCUUUCACAAGAGCUCACAGGGUAUAAAAGUUGUAAGCAUAGUUAAUUUUCCAAAAUUGGUCAAAUCCGUUGAAAUCUUUAAUGAUUUAUUAGUAUUAGGAGAAAUUGAUGGAACAUGGUUUAUUGAAGCUUACAAUAAGAAGGAAAAAAAAAAGUCUAAAAAGAACAAGCGCACAAUAAUCGAUAUAGAGGAGGAAAAGUAUGUUCAUACCAACCGUAAGAUAAACAUUUUGGUUAAAUCAUUUAAGUACAAAGAUGCUCUAAUGACCUUAAUAAAUAAAGAGCCAUCAAGCAUUUUAUCCCUAUUAGAUUAUUUCUCAAAACACAACGUUUUGAUUGUAGCAUGCAGAACAUAUUGUAUUAGUGAAACAUCUAAAAUGCUAAAAUUUUUUAGGAAAAAAUUUGAAAAUAAUGUUUUAAUGUUUGAGUUCCUCUUUUCCUUUUUCCGUGCGAAUAAAUGGAUUUUGACAACAAAAAAUGAGGACAUAUUGAAUGAGUUGAAACUGCUGAAAAAGAAUUUUGAGAAUUUAAGAAAUUAUAUGAAGUACUAUUACAAAUUAAAGAAAAUCGCAGACCUUCUCAGGAAAUAA